AUGUAGUAGUAAUUUGGUGAGUUUCUAAAGGUAGUAGAUCGCAAUAUUACUCAUAUAGGGUAAGAUUUUAGUUAUUAUCAGGGAGGUUUGGAGUUUUACAUUCAGUAGUUUAUAAUUAUGGGUUUGGUUUAGAUUCGUAUGCUAUUAUAAAUUUUUUAAUAGGAUUUAAGUUUUUGGAAUUUAUGUUUUUUGCUAAAAGUUUUGUUCUUAGAUUUUCGAGUAUUUAUUAUGGAUUAUCUGAAUCACAAAACUGCUAGAAUAGUAAAGAAGCUUUAUUAUUUAUUUAUUUAAAAAGCAUGGCUAAAAGUUGAAAUUCAUUACCACUUGGUUUCUAUGAUAGUUAAAACUGGUAAUCUUUUAUCAAGUUAAUUUAAUUUUGCUCUUAAGUACUACAGCUUUCUAGUAAACCUGAAAGAAAGGAAGUUUUUUAAGGAAAGUAGUACAAUCCUAAGCAGUAAACUUUUUAAACAGAAUCUAAAUCUUCUUAUUUUUUAAAUAUUUUUACUAAUUGUAAAUAAAUAUCACUUAUUUCUGGAUUUAUUUCAAGAGAAUAUUUGUAGCAAAUGA